AAUGCAUCGGAUGACAUAACUCUGAUAGAACCGGAGGGCCCUUCCCGCCCAUUCCCGCCAGGGGCAGCCAAGCGUGCUUCCCAUGAAACGGCCAUUCCGCAUAUUCGGCGUCUACGUUUAGCAGGCCAGAAGAGUGGCGAUUGGCUUUACAUUGACGUUUGUCUGCAAUCCAAGGGCCAAAGCAAGGACGCCGCGGAAUUAGGCCAGGGUAGGCCCGCCCUUGGGCCCGCCCCAUUCCUCUCCUGGAACAGACGGCACCGAAAGCCCUUCACUGUCUUGCGGCGGGACCAAGCGGUACACAUCCAGGCGUCCAAUGCGCACAGCAUUUUGCAAUGAGUUUGCCCAUAUCUCUUCUGCGAUAUGUAUGCGACAUCACCAGAAUGCGACAUUCUGCGGGAUUCAUGUUGAAGGCGGGAGGGUCGGGCCUGUGCACGGUCAAGGCUGGUAAAGGCAGCAGUGUGACCAGGCGGGACCAUGGGCCCAACCCGGGCUGCACAGCCUCGUCGCCUCGAGCGUGUCAGCAAAACACCAUGCCCUGUGGGCCAACCCCCACGCGAGCGAUAGCCACUGCGAACCUGCUGACCCCAAAUGCACUCUAAUGAUACCUAAGAGCUCUUGUGUAUCGCACGUACUGCUGUUUAUUUCCUGCAGUUGGCUAUGGCUGUCACUCGCGCAACCUUGCCUCGAGUGCUCGCAAAGCGAUGACUUCUAUGCAUCUUCAACAAUGAUAAAUAAGGCCCUGAUUACAGUCAUUACUUGAGAAUGACUGAGGAGCCAGGGCCAGGGGCUUGCGCCUUGGGCCUGACAGAGUCGCCUGUCCUCUCGCUGCUGCACAUCAGACCGUUGCUUCCAAAUGAAGUUUCCUCAGGGUGUCAGUCGAUCAUUAGCGUCGAGGAGGCAGAGACGGUGGCGGUGCAGGGCCGGCGCUACACCUUUGACUCGGUCAUUGGCGCCGAGGCGGGCGGGCGGGGCCGGGCGCACAUGUGCGAGGCCUACAUACGGCCGCUGGUGCGCAACGUGUGCGCCGGCAUUAACUGCGCCGUGUUCGCGUACGGCCAGACCUCCAGUGGCAAGACCUACACCAUGGGCAUUGGGAAGGAGCAGCUGGCGGAGCUGGCAGGGCCUGGCGGCCUAGUGCUCCCAGACCCGCGCCACCUGCACCCCCAGCACUCGCCACAGCACCCCUACUGCCCGCACCAGCACUCGUCGCCGCCCGCUGCUGCCGGCUCUCCCCUAAGCGGUGGCGCCAGCCCGGAGCUUGCAGGCCCGGCGGCAGGAGGCUCUGGAGCAGCGGCGGCGGCGGCCCCGACAACUGCAGGGAAUGGCAACGAUGGCGGCGGCGGCGGCGGCGCUGAGGACCUGGUCAUUCCGUACGCGCUGCGGCAGCUGUUUGGCUGUGUGGAGGCGGCCAAGGGGGCUCGCGCCUUCACGCUGAUGGUGUCGUUCGUAGAGGUGUACAUGGAAAAGUUCUAUGACUUGCUGUCGGGCCGGGCGCCGGUGGCCGCCAAGACCAGCCGCGAGGGCGAGGUGCUGCUGGUGGGGGCGGCGCUGCGGCAGGUCACGUGCAUGGAGGAGGUGGUGAGGCUGCUGCAGAUUGGCGGCCACGCGCGUGUGACCAAGGGCACCAACCAAAACGACCGCUCCAGCCGAAGCCACGCCGUGCUCACCAUCCACGUCACCUCCCGCGCCCUGCCGCCCUCCUCCUCCUCCUCCUCUGCUGGGCCGCCCACGCCCGCGCCCGGCGCGCCUCCCCCCGAGCCCAGCUCCGCCUCCGCCUCUGCACCCGCCCCCACCUCUGCACCCAUCUCCGGCGCCUCCCCCACCUCCGCCUCCGCCUCGGCGGCUCUGUCUGCGGCGCUGGCUGCCCCGCCUCUGUCUGCGCGGCUUCACCUGGUGGACCUGGCGGGCAGCGAGAGCGUGGGGCGGGCGGGCGCUGUGGGUCUGGCGGCCAAGGAGGGCAACACCAUCAACCUGUCGCUCAUGACCCUCAGGAAUCUCAUCCAAAUGCUGGCGGCGCCCAAGCCGCCCGCCGGCGCGCCGCCCCGCGUGCUGCCGUACCGCGACUCGAAGCUGACUCAGCUACUGCGUGACGCGCUGGGCGGCAACAGCUCCACCCUGUUCGUGGCGUGUGUCAGCCCGGCCGACUGCAACGCGGCCAUGACUAUGUCCACGUUGGAGUUCGCCACCACGGCGCGGCGCAUCCGCACGCAGCUCACCGUCAACAUCGGCGGCGGGGCGGACAGCGCAGAGGUGCUGCAGCUGCACCGCAUCAUCAACAAACUGCGCAAUGAGCUGGACGCCCUGCGCCGCCAAGUGGCCAGUGGCGGCGGUGGCGUCAGCGGCGUCAGCGGCCUGGGGGCGCUCAUGUCGCCCUCCCCGCACACCACGCCCCACACCACACCGCCGCCGCCGCCACACCAGCACGGGCUGCUGCCUCAGGAAGCCACGUCGCCCGGCUCGGCCGCCUCGGUCCUUUCCUUCUCUGCAGCUGCACGCGCCAGCACACCUGCAGCUGCCGGCCACGCCGCGGGCGCUACUGCCGGCGCCGCCAGCGCGGUGCCGAAGACGGUGGCGGAAGAGGAGGAAGAGGAGCAACAAGAGGCGGCGGCAGGGGCAGCCUGGGGGGUGGGACGGGAGCUGGAGGUGGUGUCAGCAUCGACGGCAGCUGCGGCGUCAGCGGCAGCUGCGGCUGCUGCAGACUCUACUGCUGGUGGCAGCGCUGCGGGCGCUCUGGUGGACACGGAGUCCGGCAGUGGGUCUGGAAGCGAGUCGGGGUCGGGCUCGUGCGAGUCGGGCGGUGAAGCGGAAUCCAAGCUGGCGGAUCAGGAUCCUCUGGCACCACUGCUGGAUCCAAACUACAAGCAUGCACACGCGCACGGCCUUCGAGGCGCCCACCCCGACCUCCUACACCACCCCCACCUGAUGCACUUGCGCCGCCACCGCCACCGCCAGUCGCGGUCGGAGGGCGGCCCCGCGCUUGCGGACACCGCGGCCGCCGCCGCCGCCGCCGCAACAGCAGCAGCACCUGGCUCCCCGGACGUUUCGCCUCUGUCCAUCGCCAGCGCUGCAAUCAUCAGCCCGCAGCGUCUCCGUGUGUCAUUCGGCAGCGGCAGAGCUCUUGCCGCCCCGUCGAGCUCUCCGGCCGGCGGCGACAUCGCCGCCGGCGGCACCAGUGGCAGCGGCGGGUUCUAUCCAGCACCCUCUAGCGCAAGCCCGCGACUCAGCGCCGCCAGUGGUGGUGGCGGCGGCGCGAGCGCGAUGCGGCUGAGUCGGUCACAGAGCCAGCUCAGUGAGGCGUUGUCGUUGUCGGUUAGCAGCAUCGCGUCGUACGGCGGUUUCGGCGGUUACGGUGGCGGCGGUGGCGCGGAGGGCGCCGGCGGCGGUUGGGGCCGCAUGGCGCGGCUGAGUCAGCGGGUGGUGCUGCUGGAGGCUGAGAACGAGCACCUGAGUAAGCAAGUGACCAACCUCAGCACGGUGAUUGGCGACCUGCGCCGCCAGCUGGACGCCGCACACGCCGCACUGCUGAUGCAGUCCGCCGCCGCCGCGCCGCCCUCACCCUCCACGCCGCCGCCCGGCGACCUGCGCGGCUGCAGCGGCACCAACGCCCUGGGGGCAGGUGCGGGGUCCUCCACGGAUACGGCCGCGUUCCUGCGGUCCGCCGCCGGCGGCGGCGGCGGAAGCGCUAGCGCUGGUGGCAGCUUCACUGCCGGCCGCGGCGGGCGGUGGGUGCUGGGCGUGGGCGGUACGCCGUCGGCGGCGGCGGCACGGUACAACAGCGCCGGCGGCGCGCCUCUGCAAGCACUGGCGGGGCCUGCAGCGACGACGGCGGAGGCAGUGCAUGCUGCCGACGCCUCCGGUGCUGGGCCGGAGCGGGUGCUGCCGCCAGGUGGUGGGGAGGCAGUUGCCGUCGUGGACUUGGAGCCGGAGUCGGAGUUCGCCGCUGAGGUGGCGCAGGCGGCUGUGGCAGGUGCGGCUGAACAGGAGGAGGAGCAGCAGCAUCAUCAUCAUCAUCAGCAGCAGCAGCAGCAGCAGCAGCAGCAGCGGGCUGAUGGCGCCGAGGCCGGGGCCGACGCGGAGGGUUUGGCCCAGGUCGAGGGACCUGAGCCGUGGCUGGAGGCCGCGCCGCUGGUACUGCGGCCGCCGGUGCCGCUGCCGGCCAUGGAGGGGCUGGAGGACCGCCCGCGUGCGCUGCUGACCUGGAUCGGGCAGCGCGUGGCAGAGGCGGAGUCGGAGCUCCUGGCCCAGCGGGAGGCGCUGCGGCGGAUGCUGGCGGAGCAAGGCCUCGCGGUGCGGCCUUCGCUGCCUCAGGCCGGCACACCCGCCACCGCCGCGCUUGCCGCCAGUCGUACCGCAGCCGCUGCGCCCUCCGGCGGCACCGGUGUCGCGGCUGCCGCAGAGCGGGCCGGCUGCGCGGCCGAGGCGGCGUCAAGGGCCGAAGGCUCUGAAGCUGACGCCGGGGGCGGCUGCGGGCUGCCGUCGUUGGACACGCUGGUGGUGUAUGCGGUGCAGCAGGCGGACGCCGCGGAGGCCGAGCUACGUGUUCUGGGGCUGCAGGGGCGCGAGGACGGGGCAGGGGCAGAGGCGGCGGAGGCGGAGGCAGCAGCGGAGGCGGAGCUGGGGCUGUCGGAGGCGGAUGCGGCCAGGGCGGCGGCGCUGCGGGCGCGGCUGGAGAGCCUGGCGGCGCUGCAGCGGGGCGUGCAGCGGGCGUCGGAGCUGGAGGCCUCCCUGGAGCUGCAGCGUGAGGUGCAGCUGCUGGUGGGCGCCUACGCAGGGCUGUACGGCACAGGCACGGACUCCGCAACCGCAACCGCGGCGGCGCCGGGCGGCGGCAGCCGCGGCGGCAGCGGGGCCGCCGCAGGCGGCGCCGGCGGCGCAGCCGCCGUCACAAGCGGCGGCGGGGCCGCCGGCCCGGCGGUCCAGCGCGCUGCGCUGGCUGCGGAGCAGCAGCUGGCGGCGCUGCGGCGGGCGCGGCGCGGGCAGGUGCUGAAGGAAGCGGCGGUGGCGCGGGAGAAGAUGCGGGAGCUGGAGGCGAGGCCGGGGCCGCCGCUGCCGGUGCACUAUGGAGUGGUGCUGCUGCCGCCGCCGUACGGUCCGGGGCUGGCAAGCGGCGGCCGCGGCGGGGCGCAGGGCCCCAUCCUAGAGGUGGAGGUAGAUGCAGGCGAGGGCGCCUGGGCUGACAUGACGGCAGGCGGCGACCGCCCCUCCCCCAAGGCACUGCACGCCGCCCACUCCGCCACAGGCUCAGACGCCGGCUUCGCCACGUCCAAGCCGCCCACCCCGGCCACUGCCGCCUCCACCACCUCUUCCAUCUUCGCCUCCUUCCUCCCCUCCACCACCUCCUCCUCCAUCUUCGCCUCCUUCCUCCCCUCCACCAGCAGGCGCCGCAGCGGCUCCGCCCGGCACUCUGAAAAGGACAAGGACGCGGUGGCAGUAGCAGCGUCAGCGGCUGUAGCAGGCGGCAGUAGCGCGCGCGAGUUGCAAAAGCUGGGGUCCAUGGCGUCAGACCGCAGCAGCGGCAGUAGCAAGCAGCUGCCCCUGCACCAGCAUGGCAGCGGCUUGUCGGGGGCUGCAGCAGCCGGCGCUGCUACAGCCGGUGGUGGCGGCGGCGGGCGGCGGCUGCAGCUGCAGCUGCAGCUGUCGCAGGUUGGGCCGUGGCUGGACGCGCUGCUGGACUGGGAGACCCGCAGCCACACCUUCCACCGGGUGCUGCGGGGGGCGCUGCAGGAGCGGGAGGCAGUGUAUGCGCAGCUGCAGGAUGUGGAGCGGGAGCUGGCUGAGGCGCGCGAGGGCGCCCGGCUGCUCGGCCCCCGCGACGCAGCGGCCUCAUCACAGCCAGGCGGCGGCGGCCCCGUUCCGCCCGACGCCCGCAGCGGCAGCGACGGCGGCGGCGCCUCCUUCGGAGGCUGGGUGCCGCCGGGCGUGGCGACGCUGCUGGCGGCGGGCGGCGAGCCGGGCGUGCGGCAGCACGCGGCGUCGCUGGCGGCGCGACAAGCAAAGCUGCAGGCGCGGCUGGAGGAGCUGUGCACGGACGUGGCCUCCCUACAGCUGGCCAUUGUGGAGGCGCAGGACGAGGACGACGAGGCAGCAGCGGCGGCAGUGGCAGCAGCGGCCGCAGCAGCAGCCGGCGGCGGCGGAGGCAAUGGCGGCAGCUGCGGCAGUGCAGCCGGCGGCCCGCUGGCGCCGUCGCGGCGGGACGAGUGGUGGGGUUGCGUGCCGAGCCUGGUUCUGGCGCGGCCGGCUCUGCGGCUGCUGCUGGAGCGGGCGGCGGAGUACAAGGCGGCGUAUCAGGAGGCGCUGGGGCGGGCUGACUCGCUAGAGCACCAGGUGGCGGAGCUGGAGCUGCAAUGCCAGGAGGCGGAGGCGCGCCUCGCCGCACACGACCUGGAGCUCACAGCCACACGCGCGGCGGCGCUGGCGGCCGUGGCCGCGCCCGGGCUGCUGCUGCCGCCAGGCGGCGGCGCCGCCGCAGCCAACCCCAACGCCGCCGCCGCCAUGGCACACCUGCUUACACCGCAGCUGGGUUCUGCUACCUCAGCCGCGGCGGCGGCAAUGCGCAGCCCGUUCCUGCCGCUGCCGGCAGCGCUGCCAGGGGCGGCGGGGUUCGCCGCGGGCUUCUGGCCGGGCCCCAGCCACAGCCCUGGGCUCAGUGUGGGUACGGCGGCGUCGUCGUCAGCGUCGGCCUGGUCAACGCCGCCGCGGUCAACCGCCGCAACGCCGCCAACCGCUACAACCUCCGUGGCGGGAGUUGGCAGCGGCGGCGGCGGCGGCGGCUCGCCGUACGCGCAAGCGCAGCUGUCGCAUCUGCCGGCGGUUGCCUACCUGCACCACCACCAGCAGUACUACCAGCACAUGCAACAGCACCUGUUCCAGCAGCUACAGUUGCAGCAGCAGGCGCAGCAGGACCAGGGUCCGGGUCCGGGCCAAGGCCACGCGACGUAUGCCAUCGAGCCGUCUGGCUCGCUCACCUUCCCCGGGCUGCGCCAUGCAGGCGAGGAGCCGGUGCCCGUGGCGCCGACUGCCGGCGCAGCAGCCGCCACGGCGCCACCGAUUGCACCAGCAGACGUGACCGCGGGACCAGCGGCAAUCCCAAGCCCGGUCACCGGCACCGCUGAAGCACGGACUGGGGGCAUCAGAGGUGGCGACGGCGGCGAAGCUGCGUCGUCGACGGCCAGGAGCAGUCUGAGCGUGGACAGCCAAGGCGAGUGGGAUCCCUUCCGCAAUCAAGGCAAUAAGUAAGAGGUAGGCUUCGACGCGUGUAUACUAGUUGAAAUUGAGCGCGAAAAUUGCUGCGUUAUUAAACUUGCGGUUGCUGCGACAUAGUUGCAGCGGUCCUGAAAUCCAAUUGUCAGGGUGAGCGCACGCGGUGUGUGAGGAGUGCAGACAGAAACGCGCGUGACAGUAGCUGGCAGAUGGCAUAGACAUUGCCUAGACGCGCCUAGCAUUAGGAGCAGGGUCCGACUCUAGGGAGAUUAGAAGCGCAGUAGCAGGUGGCAAUGCAUUGUCUUGUAUGUGGCGAGCGACGGUUGGAUGUACGGUAUGCUGGCGAUGUGCAAUAUUGAUUGGCUGCAGGCGUGUAUGGCUAGGAAUGGAGGUUGGUUGCACACGUGAGGUCGGGAUAGAGAGAUAGUUGCAGCACGAGGGUAUGACAUUAGGGAUGACAUGCGCCCCUGAGGAUUCCGAUAAUGCAACAGCAACGUCGCCUCGAGGUGGGGAGGCGGUCGCAAUGACAGCACUCAACUCGAGGACUGAUCCAUCGCACUCAACUCGCCCAGUAACAUGAACGUGUAUGGGGGGUUGGUUUGAGUUGAGCUGGCUUGAUGUCCACAGUAGGCCAGGACAGCCGUUUUGACGUGUGUGCGGCUAUGGAAAUGCAGCGGCCGCUCCGACGUAUCGGUAGUGUCCAUUAGGGCAAUGUCUUGUUGUUCUUGUUGGAAGGUGUGCAAGGUCCCACAGGCCUGCACGUUGGUAGGUAGGGGCAGGGGCCGCAAUUUCAUGCUGCAGGCGCGUAGAUGCAUAGGCAUGUGUACGCGUGUGUUUGUUGUGGUAUCGGUUAUUUGUUUGCCGCGAUCGUGGCUUGUGCGAACGCGGACGCAGCAGCGUCCCACACAGGGUAGGGUAAGUAGACCCCACAUUGACGGGCUAGUGACGCUGGUACGGGUGUGAGACAGGACCAGGGAUGAAAGCUCAGAUGAAGUGCGCACAUCCCGACUACGGCGUAGUGUGUGAGAACGGCUGUGUGCUGAUCAGGCAGGACAAGCGGGUAUAUGUGUGAGCGGCACAUGAGAGAUAUUGCUCCUGCAGAAUUGAAAAGCAGGGCAGGCGGGUCUGUCAGACUGUGCGGCGGCGUAAUGUGGAAUAAUGGGUGUAGGGUAGGUGCGAUGGAACAGGAUUAGCAUUGCAGUCAAGUCCCGUUGAAACAUUCAAUGCGCAACGUGAAGACAAGAUUGUGCGGCUGGUAUAACGCCGGAGACCCUGUACCGAGACAUCGCUGCCUUGCUGGCAGGCUAUUAGUUUGCUGGUGCGCAUAAGGAUUUAUGGUCGUAGGGUAGUUGGCCGCAAGGUGCACCUGCGGUUUCGUGCACAGGCAGUGGGCCCACUGGCAGCGGUCGCCCACCGUACCACGGUGGGGCUGUGCAACGUCGUGUCCGCCAUUGCGGACAGAGUGCGCGACCUGUUAAUAAUUUGGUU